UGGAAUACGUGUUGACUCUUUUCUUGUAUUAUAGAGAGGGAUACUAUAUUUUUUGAUUAUUUUAUCUGCAUCUUGUUACUUUUUUAUUUUUUUUGCUACCUAACCUGUCAAGCGUUCUAUGUCUUCCGAUACGUUAUGGUGAUGUUGCAGUAGGGGGCGCGCGUUCUUGUAACCAUACCCUGAAUAUUGUUUGCGGCCCUUGCCCUUUAUGCCUUUCGUUUCCUGAGUCGGUGAACCGAUUGCAAUUGUCAGCACCAGGCAUCGUCAAGUGGAUUUCAGUCAUGUCAGCACCUGCUAUGGGGAGCACCAAAACAGCUCACAGUGAUGUGAGCCAAAAGAAGAAGAGGGGGCCAGGUGCCCUGGCGACGGCGUAUCUGGUUAUUUAUAACGUGGUUAUGACAGCUGGGUGGCUGGUGAUAGCUGUGGGCCUGGUUCGUGCUUACUUGGCCAGAGGCAGCUACCAUGGUCUAUACUACUCCAUAGAGAAGCCCCUAAAGUUCUUCCAGACUGGUGCUCUCCUGGAGGUAUUGCACUGUGCUGUGGGCAUUGUUCCGUCCUCAGUGGUUCUGACAGGAUUCCAGGUGAUGUCUCGAGUGUUCCUCACCUGGGCUGUGACUCACAGUGUCAGAGAGGUCCAAAGUGAGGACAGUGUCCUGCUCUUUGUAGCGGCCUGGACCAUUACAGAGAUCAUUCGCUACUCCUUCUACACAUUCAGCCUGCUCAACCACCUGCCCUACCUCAUCAAAUGGGCAAGGUACACAUUCUUCAUUGUGCUGUACCCAAUGGGUGUCACUGGGGAGCUGCUAACUAUCUAUGCAGCCCUGCCAUAUGUACAGAAGACUGGCAUGUACUCUGUCACUCUGCCCAACAAGUACAACUUCUCCUUUGAUUACCACACCUUCCUCAUCCUCACCAUGAUCUCCUACAUUCCACUGUUCCCACAGUUGUAUUUCCACAUGAUGCGUCAGAGGAAGAAAGUCCUGGGGCAUGUGGAGGACUACACCAAAGUGGAGUAAACCGAGCACAUCACAGACUGGUCACAGGAGAAAAGAGGAAUGAAGAGAAGAUAACCUUUCAGAAACCUGCUUGGCCUACUAAACAUGUCUGCUUGUUGAUAAACCAAGCUUAACUCUGUUUUCAGAUUCAGAAGUGCGAUGUGAGGACUAUGAUGUAAUCUAACAAUGUUUUUAUGGUUUAUCAAUUGGUUGUUGAUGAGUUGUUGCCUGAGAUCCGGUUUUCAAGUGCAUAUACUACAAUUUGAACAGCUUGGUGGUUUCUUUAUGAGCAAAGGCACUUACCCACUGUUCUAUAAGAACGCUCACUCAAAAUUGUACUGAAUCGAAUACAGUUGCAUCGGCCCCUCUUUAAGAGGCGAGCUGAAUGGUCCUGGCAAGGACUCUUGAUCAUACUGUUUAAAUUAAAUGCAAAGAUACAUACUGUCCUGUUCUCUAGUGGCACUGUAGGAGACUUACUCUAAAACAACCCCCUGGUCUGCACAUUGUUGUAAUUGUCCUUUGUUUGGAUACAGUUCCAAGACAGUUGGAAAAGAAGAAGAGUUUGAUUUAAGUUAUUUAACUAAUUUAGUUCUGCAGCUUAUUUGUCACAUGUAGGUUUGGAUCACAUUCCCUGUUUGGUAUAAUAAAGCUUUUUCAUUCUGUGUUUGUUUAGUUUCUGUUUUUGAAUUAUACCUGGAGAACUGCAGUAACUGGGUGUUUGAUAGGAGUUUGAAAGGUUACCAUGUCCUAUCAAGAUUAGUAAUGCUUUUUAUGUUGAGUGAACUUUGUCAACCAGUUUGUACUGAAUUUACAUUGACCAGGGUUCGUGCUAUAUUCGUGUCCUUGCUUUUAAUAAAUGUUAACUUAAGGUUG